UUUAACUCACAUGUACGCUCAUUUCACUGUUUGCUGUGCCUGAGGUGAAACAAUUUUGACAACCGAUACAUGUGUGCGCAUUGUAUUGUAUUUGAUCGAUAAACGACACGGUUUCUCCGAGAUGAGUGCCCAGAUUACUUGUGUCGGAUGGGUGGGGAGAGGCGUUGCAAAGGGAACCCCAGACAAAGUUGAGUUAAGCCAAGAGGAGCUACAGCGCAUCAUCACUGAUGCAAAAGAGGAACUGGGUCACCUAGCAGCCGAGGAGGAUGAAGACGAUGAUGAAGGUAUAGCCUGUGAGGAGAAUCCUGAUGGUAAUACAGCGGACGUAGCUGGAGAUCCAAAGGGUGACGAUGAAGAUGGAAAGGAGGAAGAAGACGAGCUGGCAGAGUACGGCCUGGAUAGAUAUGAUGAAGAGGAUGCAGCGACCGCUAGUCUCGGCGACAGUCUGGCUGGCCUUACAGUGUUCAGCUGUAAUGAGGAGGAUCCUUACAUCACCCUCAAAGACACAGACCAAUAUGAGCGAGAAGACUUCCAAAUCAAGCCUGGUGACAAUCUCAUCCUUACAGGCAGGGCAGAGAAGGACUGCUGCAAUUUGGAGAUCCAUGUUUAUAACUCCGAGGAGGACUCUCUGUAUGUUCAUCAUGAUAUUCUGCUACCAGCUUACCCACUGUGUGUGCAGUGGCUAAACUUUGACCCCAGUCCUGGAGAAAAACCCGGAAACUAUGCUGCAGUGGGAAACAUGACUCCUAAGAUCGAUGUGUGGGACCUGGAUGUGGUGGACUGUUUGGAGCCAGUCUUUUCUUUAGGGAGUAAACAGCCAUCCAAGAAGAAGAAAAAGAGCAAGAAGGGGGCAGCGGCAGAGCCUGUCGAGGGGCACACGGACGCAGUGCUGGAUUUAUCCUGGAACAGACUGAUCAGAAACGUGUUGGCCAGUGGAUCAGCAGAUGACACGGUUAUCUUGUGGGAUCUUACUCAAGGCAAACCAGCCACAACUCUGCACAGGCACACUGACAAGGUUCAGACGUUAUCAUUCCACCCAUUCGAAGCACAGACUCUGAUAUCAGGAUCAUAUGACAAGACAGCUGUCCUGUAUGACUGCCGCAGUCCAGACAACAGUAACCGGACCUGGAGGUUUAGUGGUCAAGUGGAGCGGCUGACCUGGGACCACUUUUCACCGUGGAACUUCCUGGCCAGCACAGAGGAUGGAUUCAUCUACUGCCUGGACGCACGCUCGGAUAAACCGGUUUUCACACUGAGGGCUCACGACGAAGAAGUGUCAGGUUUGAACCUCAGCAGCCAGAUCAAAGGAUGCCUGGUCACCUCAUCAGCUGACAGACACGUUAAGAUUUGGGACAUUUUGGGCAAUAAGCCCAACCUGGUGCACUCGCGAGACAUGAAAAUGGGUGUACUCUUCUGUGCGUCAUGUUGCCCUGAUCUGCCCUUCGUCUAUGCCUUCGGGGGACAGAGGGAAGGCUUGCGGGUUUGGGAUAUAAGUGAUGUUGCUGCAGUGGCUGAGGUGUUUGGCAGCCGGGAACGCUUGGUGCCGAACACGGGCUCACAGGUAUCCAGUACUGCAGCCACAGCAGAGAUGGAGGUUUCCGAGUGACGCGUCAUCAACCUGUAAACAUGAAUAAACUCUUGUUGCUGUGUUCCUUCAUAGUACAGUAGUUCAUGCAAAAAGGAUUUAAAUGAAUGAAGCUGCAUUUCCUGAAGGAUUUGAAAGGUUGGCCUGAAUGAAAACUGGUCCGAACAUACUUGGAAAAACUUGUUCAGCUUGUCUCUCUGAAGUUGGGUUAAAAAAAGAAGAGACAUAUCUUUCUUGUAUUCAUAUUAGUGAAUAUUACAAAGAAUCUAUUUGGGCUUUUUAUUUGGAAGCAGUGAUUCAAAUAUUUGAAUUGUUCAGAGAUUGUUUUCAGUUUCUUUAUACAUUUACAAAUGUAAUAUGCUACUAAAACUAUUUUCACAUUAACAUUGCAUCCUGGUAUAAUGAAAUAUGAAUGAAAAGAAGCCUGUGUUCUUACAUUUGGCCAACGUGUUAAAAAAAUAAUGUCUAUUCAGUAAAUAAAUACAGUUCAUAAAAUGUAUAAACCUUUUGUUCUUUGGAAUCUGUGACCCUCGGAUGGUUUUCACCGUCGUAGUGGAUGAUGCAAAGUGACAUAAUAUUUUUGUCUAAAAUGGACCAAACUUGAGGUCAAAUUGAUAAAGUUUCAAUUGAGUAUGUCAUUCCCAACAUUGCCAUCUGAAGCUAUGUAGAAGAUUGGCCUUUGGAGAGAGUGUUAAAAUGUGUUACAUUUACACUCGGAAACCAUUUCAGAGGACACAUGCCUGCCAUAGUAUACAUGUAACGUCACUAAAAACAUUAUUUAGCCCUGACAAGUAAAGAGUGGACAAAACUCUUAAAUGUGUUUCAUAUAAAUAAAGUUUAAAAAUAACA